UUAUUUUCUUCAGGGAUAAUUUUGGUCAGCUGCACAAUCGUCUGGGUCUUUUUACAGAGAUUUUGUAGUUCAGCGUGAGUCUGGCGUAUCGCUGAGCAGGGAAGCAGUGGUGGUAAAGGCAUAACAUCUGUAAAGAACAUAAUGGCCUCCAUGCUGUUGAACACAAUGCGGACCUGCACUGUUGCCCCUUCUUGGGCAGCUCGCAUUGGUGCACGCUCUCUCAGUACAACAGCACAGCUUCAAGCUCAGGUUCAAACAAAAAGCAAGAAGACACUGGCUCGUCCGGGUGUGAGGAACAUCGUUCUAGUGGAAGGAGUUCGAACCCCUUUCUUGUUGUCAGGAACCACAUAUGCUGAUUUAAUGCCUCAUGACCUUGCCAGGGCAGCUCUUAAGGGUCUGCUAAACCGAACAGGAAUCCCCAGAGAUGCUGUGGACUACAUUGUGUACGGAACAGUUAUUCAGGAAGUCAAAACCAGCAACGUGGCACGAGAGGCAGCUCUCGGGGCGGGGUUCUCUGACAAGAUUCCAGCUCACACCGUCACCAUGGCCUGCAUCUCCUCCAACCAGGCCAUGACCUCAGCUGUUGGACUGAUCGCUGCAGGCCAGUGUGACGCCGUUGUUGCAGGCGGAGUGGAGUUCAUGUCCGACGUUCCGAUCCGCCAUAGCCGAAAGAUGAGAAAGACGAUGUUGGCCCUCAACAAGGCAAAAACCGUCGGACAGAGACUCAGCCUGGUUGGCAGCAUCCGGCUUGCCCACCUCUCCCCCGAACUUCCCGCCGUGGCGGAGUUCUCCACAGCGGAGACGAUGGGUCACAGUGCAGAUCGCUUGGCUGCUGCGUUUGGCGUCUCCAGAGUGGAACAAGACGAGUUUGCGCUACGAUCACACACACUCGCCAAAAAGGCCCAGAGCGACGGGCUGCUGGAGGAUGUGGUGUCCUUUAAAGUGCCAGGUCGUGAUAUUGUGUCUCAGGACAACGGUAUCCGCCCAUCGUCCAUGGAGCAAAUGGCCAAACUCAAACCUGCCUUCGUUAAACCUCACGGGACCGUCACUGCCGCCAACUCGUCCUUCCUGACUGACGGUGCCUCAGCUGUGCUCAUCAUGUCUGAGGAGAAGGCUUUGGCCAUGGGUUUUAAGCCCAAAGCGUACCUCAGAGACUUUGUGUAUGUGUCUCAGGACCCCAAAGAUCAGCUGCUUUUGGGGCCGACGUACGCUACACCUAAAGUCCUGGAACGAGCCGGCUUGUCCAUGGCUGAUAUUGAUGUGUUUGAGUUUCAUGAGGCGUUCGCAGGUCAGAUUAUGGCAAACCUGAAAGCCAUGGACUCAGAUUGGUUUGCUCAGACGUACAUGGGCAGGAAAUCGAAGGUCGGGGCUCCUGCCAUGGAGAAGUUCAACACUUGGGGGGGCUCCUUGUCUCUGGGCCACCCGUUUGGUGCCACGGGCUGCAGGCUGGCAACUACUGUAGCUCAUCGGCUGAAGAAGGAGGGAGGCCAGUACGGACUGGUGGCAGCGUGUGCUGCUGGAGGACAGGGUCACGCCAUGGUGAUUGAGGCCUACCCCCAGUAAUGCACGCUCCUUCGUUUAGAUCCUGAUCUUCAUCGUGACUGCUGUUCAUGUCCCUGCUAACAUCUGAACGAUGGUGUACAUAAAAGCUGCCUUAAUCCAACAGAAGAGUGGAUGUGUUUGAAGGUGUGAACGAGACUCGGCUCGGAGGCUGCAGAGGAAGGUUUUCUGGAUUUGUCAGCAGAGUCUCAGAGUCUAAUGUAACAUAGCAAAGUUUAAAGAGCUCAGCGGAGCCGUGGUGAUCUAAUGUUAAUAAACACUGUAAGAUUUUUUUCAUAAUUAAAUGGUGUGACGAUAACCACAGUAAA